AUGGCGUUCAGAGUCGGAGAACGCAGCGGAGCCUCGGGCCAGUGUCCUCCUGUGUCUGUGUCCACCUCUCGUCUCUUGGUUUUAUUUCAGACGAUAUUCUCCUCUCUUCGAAGCAGAGCACUUGAGGAAUUCCUUUCUUUGGGUCUCUUCUCUGAGUGCGGGAGCUCGGGCACAAACAGAGUUCAAACCCGGAGGAAAGAGGACAGAGAGGAGGAGAGAGGACAUCUCCUCUCAUCCUCAUCCUCUCAUCCCCUCAUCAUCUCUCUCUUCCUCAUCCUCUCAUCCUCAUCCUCUCAUCCCCUCAUCCUCUCUUCCUCAUCCUCUCAUCCUCAUCCUCUCAUCCCCUCAUCCUCUCUUCCUCAUCCUCUCAUCCUCUCAUCCUCAUCCUCAUCCUCUCAUCCCCUCAUCCUCAUCCCCUCAUCCUCAUCCUCUCAUCCUCUCAUCCCCUCAUCCUCUCUUCCUCAUCCUCUCAUCCUCAUCCUCUCAUCCCCUCAUCCUCUCUUCCUCAUCCUCAUCCUCUCAUCCCGUCAUCCUCUCAUCCUCAUCCUCUCAUCCUCAUCCCCUCAUCCUCUCAUCCCCUCAUCCUCACCCCCUCAUCCUCAUCCUCUCAUCCCGUCAUCCUCUCAUCCUCAUCCUCUCAUCCCCUCAUCCUCUCUCAUCCCGUCAUCCCCUCAUCCUCAUCCCCUCAUCCUCAUCCUCUCAUCCUCAUCCCCUCAUCCUCAUCCUCUCAUCCCCUCACCCUCUCACCCUCUCAUCCCCUCAUCCUCUCAUCCUCAUCCUCUCAUACUUAUCCUUUCAUCCCCUCAUCCUCAUCCUCUCAUCCCCUCAUCCUCUCAUCCUCAUCCUCAUCCUCUCAUCCCCUCAUCCUCUCAUCCCCUCAUCCCCUCAUCCUCUCAUCCUCUCAUCCCCUCAUCCUCUCAUCCUCAUCCCCUCAUCCUCUCAUCCUCUCAUCCUCAUCCCCUCAUCCUCUCAUCCCCUCAUCCUCUCAUCGCCUCAUCCUCAUCCUCUCAUCCCCUCAUCCUCUCAUCGCCUCAUCGCCUCAUCCUCAUCCUCUCAUCCUCUCAUCCCCUCAUCCCCUCAUCCUCUCAUCCUCAUCCUCUCAUCCUCAUCCUCAUCCCCUCAUCCUCUCAUCCCCUCAUCCUCUCAUCCUCAUCCCCUGCUUCCCCUCAUCCUCUCAUCCUCAUCCUCAUCCCCUCAUCCUCUCAUCCUCUCAUCCUCAUCCCCUCAUCCUCAUCCCCUCAUCCUCUCAUCCUCAUCCCCUCAUCCUCUCAUCCUCAUCCCCUCAUCCUCUCUUCCUCAUCCCCUCAUCCUCUCAUCCUCAUCCCCUCAUCCUCUCAUCCCCUCAUCCUCUCAUCCUCAUCCCCUGCUUCCCCUCAUCCUCUCAUCCUCAUCCUCAUCCCCUCAUCCUCUCAUCCUCUCAUCCUCAUCCCCUCAUCCUCAUCCCCUCAUCCUCUCAUCCUCAUCCCCUCAUCCUCUCAUCCUCAUCCCCUCAUCCUCUCUUCCUCAUCCCCUCAUCCUCUCAUCCUCAUCCUCUCAUCCUCUCUUCCUCAUCCCCUCAUCCUCUCAUCCUCAUCCCCUCAUCCUCUCUUCCUCAUCCCCUCAUCCUCUCAUCCUCAUCCCCUCAUCCUCUCUUCCUCAUCCCCUCAUCCUCUCAUCCUCAUCCCCUCAUCCUCUCUUCCUCAUCCCCUCAUCCUCUCAUCCUCUGCUCUAGUGGUUUGCUUCGAUGCCAAAAUCAACUUUGACGAUAACGCAGAGUUCCGUCAGAAGGCGGUGUUUGCGAUGGACGACAUGAGUGAGAGCGACCCCACCGAGACGCACGCCGCCAAGUGGGACCUCAAGUACAUCGGCCUCGACGGGAAUAUCGCCUGUUUUGAUGGACCUUCAUCCUCUCACUCUCUAUCCUUCCACUUCCAUCCUCUCCAUCCCUUCCUCCACCUUCAUCUCUCAUCCUCUCAACCUUCCAUCACUCAUCCUCUCCACCCCUCCAAUCCUCUCCACCUUCCAAUUCUCCCAUCCUUCAUUCUCUCCCUUCCUUCCAUCCUCUCCAUCCUCCCCAUCCUUCCACCCUCCAAUCCUCUCCCCCAUUCAUCCUCUCCAUCCUCUCCACCUCUCCUCCUCUCCCACCUCUCCCAUCCUCUCCCACCCGCUCACCAUCCUUCCAUCCUUAUCACUUCAUCCUCUCCACCUCACCUCUCUCACUCUCCAUCCUCUCACCUACUCCUCCUCUCUCUCUCCAUCCUUCCAUCCCUCUCCAUCCUCUCCCACUCUCAUUUCCCUCUCCAUCCUCUCCACCUCUCCAUCAUCUCACCUCUCAUCCUCUCACUCUCCAUCCUUCAACACUCCUAUCCUCUCACUUCAUCCUUCCACCUUCAAUCUCUCCACUCUCCAUCCUUCCACCUCUCCUCCUCUCACCUCUCCCAUCCUCUCCAUCCUCUCCACCUCUCAUCCUUCCAUCUCUCCAUCACUCUCCACCUCUCAUCUCUCCAUCCUCUCCAUCCUCUCACUCUCCCAUCCUCUAACCUCUCCAUCCUCUCCAUCCUCUCACUCUCAUCCUCUCCACCUCUCCCAUUCUCUCACCUCUCCAUCUCUCAACCUCUCCAUCUUCAACUUCCAUCCUCUCCCAUCCUCUCCUCCUCUCCAUCCUCUCCCACCCUCUCCAUCCUACCAUCCUCUCCACCUCCCCCUCCUCUCACUCUCCAUCCCUCUCCAUCCAACCACCUCUCCAUCAUCUCCAUUCCUCUCAUCUCAUCCUCUCAUCCUCUCCACCUCUCCACCUCUCAUCCUCUCCACCUCUCCAUCCCUUCCUCCUCUCCACCUCUCCAUCCCUCUCCAUACUUCCACCUCUCAUUCCUCUCCAUCCUUCAUCUUCCUUCCACCUCUCCCAUCCCUUACAUCCUCUCCACCUCUCCUACUCUCCAUCCCUCUCCCCUUCCACCUCUCCAUCUCUCCACCUUCCCCUCUCCCCUCCUCUCACCUCUCCCUCUCUCCAUAUCUCCACCUCUCCAUCCUCUCUCCCCUCUACCUCUCAUUCUCUCCACCCUCUCCCAUCCUCUCCAUCCUCUCCACCUCCCCUCCUUCCAACCUUCCAUCUCUCAUCUCAAACCUCUCCCAUCCUUCAUCCUUCACUCUCCAUCCCCUCCAUCCCUUCACUAUCAUCCUCCAUCCUCUUCCACCUCUCCAAUCUCUCUCAUCUCCACCUCUCCAUCCUCUCCAUCUUCUUCCACCUCUCAAUCCUUCCAAUCUCUCCUCCUCUCCACCUCUCAUCCUUCCACUCUCCAUCUCUCCCUCUCUCCCAACUUCCCAUCAUCCCACCUCUCCAUCUAUCCCAUCUUUCCACCUUCACUCUCCUAUCCUUCCCACCUCUCCAUCCUCUCCUCCACCUCUCCAUUCUCACCUCUCAUUCCUCUCACUCUCCAUUUCUCCACCUCUCCAUCCUCUCCCUAUCAAAAUAUAUUCAACUAUAAAUAUACAUCCACAAAAAAAAACCCAAACUAA